AUCUGACAUGCGCAACUCUAACUUUCGGUUUACAUUGCAUGUCCAGGCCGUAUCGUGGAGCUUCAUCCAAAAUGAAACGUUAAGGAAAACAUUCGUGCUCAUAGUACAAGUCUUAUUAAGAUGGCGACUGGUGGAGUAUCCAAAAUUCUGUUCGUGGCUGCCAUAGACUUUGGGACUACAUAUUCUGGAUACGCCUUUGGGUCCAAGGCGGAUUUGGACAAGAAAAGUGAGGACGGUAGAAAAACUAUAAAUGCCAAUGUGUGGAACGCCGGAUCGCGGUCACUAUUGUCUAGUAAGGCACCCACUGCUCUGUUGCUGAAUCCCGACAAAACCUUCAAAUCGUUUGGGUACACAGCGGAGGAUGAUUACUCACAAUUAGCAGAAGAGGGCGAGCACGAAGACUAUUAUUACUUUCACAGAUUUAAGAUGAUCCUUCAUGAUAACCCGGAUCUGCGAAAGGACACUAAGGUCAAGGAUAACACGGGGAAAACACUCCCAGCCAUUGACGUGUUUUCACACUCCAUCAGAUUCCUCAAAAAUCAUUUAUUCGAUAUGAUAAACAAUCAAAUCGGUGGCGAGCUGAAACAGGAGGACAUCCAGUACGUCCUGACCGUGCCAGCCAUCUGGGACGACAAAGCCAAACAGUUCAUGAGGGAGGCGGCCAGGAGUGGUGGAAUAAACGGGGAACAGCUGAUGAUUGCACUGGAACCAGAGGCUGCCUCAAUCCACUGUCAGCAUAUUCCGAUGGGAACUGAGGGAGGCGAAGCCACGUACAUGGUGGUUGACUUAGGAGGUGGUACUGCCGACAUCACAGUACAUCAGAGGAACCGCCUUGGAGGGGAUAGUGAGCUCAAGGAGUUACAUCAGGCAACAGGAGGCGCGUAUGGUGGGAAAUCUGUAGACGAUGCAUUUGAAACCUUCCUUGGAGAAAUUGUUGGAUCAGAUAAAAUAGCCAAACUGCGAAAAGAAAGUAUGGAAGAUUUCAUCGAUAUUUUCCGGGAAUUUGAAGCGAAAAAACGUAGCUUUGAUCCUUCAAAAUCUAAGAAGAAAGAAAGUGUUUCCCUUCCUGUAGCACUUACAAGUCUGGUCAAAUCGGACAAAAACAUUAAAACCAUGGAUAAUGCCAUCAAACAAAGUAAACACAAUCAUGAUCAACUUUUAGCUUGGUCUCAUCAGAAAUUACAGAUUCCUAGCGAAAAAUUCAACACUCUUUUCCAACCUACCAUAGAUGGAAUUAUAAAACACAUGGAGAAAAUAUUCUACGACAGUAAAUUCCAGCAUGUUGACACUAUAGUCAUGGUGGGUGGGUUUUCGGAGUGUAGACUUGUACAGGACUCCAUUCAAAAUAGGUUCACCAUGAAAAAAAUAAUUGUACCAGAUGAACCCGGACUGGCUGUAUUAAGAGGGGCUGUAUUGUUUGGUCAUAAACCACGGACAAUUCGUUGUAGGGUGGCAAGAUAUACGUACGGUGUUCAAAGCUGGCCGGUCUUCAACGAGUACUACCUUCAGGAAAAGCGGGUCAUGAUUGACGGAGUUGCUCGCUGUAAGGACGUAUUCUUAGCAUUUGUCGAGAAAGGCCAACAGGUCUCUCCAGGACAGUCGGAAUCCCAGGUUUUCCGCGCACUGAAAUCCAAUGAGGAUUCUCUCCAGUGUGCAGUUUACAUCUCCGACAAACGAAAUCCCAAGUACGUUGACGAGCCGGGAUGUCGUCUGCUGGGUAUCCUGACUGUCCCACUCGAUCAGUCAGGCCCCGGACCAGCUGAGAUCGAGGAGACGCUGAUAUUUGGUGAGACAGAACUGUUUGUGAAGGCAAGGGACAUUAGGACUGGUAUCCAAUACCAGACACAAUUCGAUUUGCUCUAAUGUUUUUACUCAUUGUCAACACUGUACAUAAUGUGAUAGACUAUACCAACAUUUGAUAGCAGCGGAGGGAGGAUUACGUUAAGGGAAUGGACUUUGUCAUUGAAAGUCUCAAAACAUAGAAAAUCAUGCAUUACAUUAAUUUUAAAGGGUAUGUAAAUACCCGUGUGUGGCGAACACAUUUUAGAACAUCCUAAUUCACAUCGACCAGGUGACAUUAUGUUAUUUACCAGAAUAUUUUGUUUUAAUAUCUGAACUUUUAGGUAAUUUUGAUAGUGUAUGCUGAUGUCUGAACUGAAGCUAUGCACAUUAGAAUGUACGCAUUCAUAUUAUUUUUCGUUAGUUAUACAAGAUACAAGAAGCUUUAUUUAAAGUUGCAUACAUAUCAACAUGGAACAUUAGCUCUUGAAAGCUAUUAUUGCGACAAAUACAAAUAUAUAAAAUAACAAAAACAUAAUGUAAUAGUACAUGUAGUAAUGAGUUAUAAAUAUUAUAAAAGACAUUUUGUUUUUACAUUUAUGGAGAAAAUACACUGUAGUGUCACUUGCAAGAUGAGAGAAAUAAUUGCACGAUUUUUUUUAAUAAUAUCACAAGGCUUGACACUUAUUUAUAUUAUGGUUAUUUAUAUAAAAAAUCAAAGAUUCGACACAUAUUAAUGAACGAUGUGUUACUACAAUGUAUGUUAAAACACUAUCUGUACACCUGUACAAGUGUAUUAUACAUACAUGACAAUAUAGCAAAGGGUAAAAAUUGACAUGAUAUACACUAACAUAGUGUGGAUUAAAACAGCAUUUCACAUACUAAAGAAGAAUAUGAUUAAGAGAGACAACUAACAGUAACAUAGAGUAUGAUCUGAUUCAUAAAAUGACAUGUUGUAUUAAUUCAGAGAGAUGGCUUGUAUAGGCCUUGUCUGUUGCCCAAUUCCCAUUAAAUCUGAUGGAUUUAAUCAAAUAUUUUCAAAUGAAAAACAAAAAUGUAUUAAUCACAGAAAUGUAUAUCACAGUAUGUUUACCUAAAAGUGUUGCAUCCAAUUUUUAGCACUCAAACUGUUAAAAGUGAUGUCCCCUAUCCAUAUUGUUUAUGUCAUAUCUCUACUGCUAUGCAAAUACGGCUCAUUGUAAAUCAAUCACCAUAAGUAAAGUUGUACAUGUACAUUUAGAUAGAGCGAGAGUUUAUAAUAUGCUUUAAUCGUUGUUAAAAAUAAGAUUUUGUACUGCAACGUGCCUUGUGGUUUUGUUGUCACUACCCGAGUUUUCUAUGUAAGGUCGUGAUUACUUGGAUUUGACUUUCUACAGUGGGGUGUUGUCCAUGAAGCAAAACACGCGUCCCCUUCAGGAACGCCUGGUUUUAUUAUUCUUGUAAUUUUUUCAUUAGUCUCAUUAUAUACCUUUCCUUUGUUCAUAUGUAACCCUAGUUUUAUCGAUUUUGAGUUCGAAUAAAGGCUUUGAUGAUA